AUGAAAGCCGAGGCCCGGCUCCCCAGCCUGGCUGCUCUUCUCUGCACCUGGUCCCAUCCGGCUUCCUCCGUCUUGCCCAUGGGCGACCAGAACGCCAAUUGCCUGGCCCAGAUGUAUUUCUUCAUCGCCUUUGGCAUCACCUCCUGGCUGAUCUCUCACCUCCACUCCCUGCUGCACACUGCGUCCCGCCUCUCCUUAUGCGCCUCCAACAGGGUCCCCCACUUCUUCUGCGACAUCUUCCCCCUGCUGAACCUCUCCUGCUCCGACACUGGGCUCAAUGCCCUGGUGGUGCACACCGAGGAGGCCCUGGUGGUCAACGGGGCGCUGGUUUUCAUCCUCCUCUCCUACGUCGCCAUUGUGUCCCCCGUCAUCAAGGUCCCUUUGCCCGAUGGCAAGCGCAAGGCCUUCUCAACCGGUGGCUCCCACCUGGCAGUCGUAGCGGUCUUCUUCAGCACCGUUAUCUGGGUCUACUUCCAGCCCUUGUCCAGCUUCUCUGCUGAAAAGGAUGCUGUGGCAGCGGUCAUGUACACUGUGGUCACCCCCAUGCUCAACCCCUUCAUCUACACCCUGAGGAAUGAUGAGAUGAAGGGGGCUCUGAGAAAAGCCAUCAGCCGGAUGGUGGCCUCUCUGGGGACGUAG